AUGUUUGUCAUCAAGAGAGACGGUCGCAAAGAGAAGGUCGCAUUUGACAAGAUUACUGCAAGAAUCAACAAACUUUGUUAUGGCUUGGAUACAAAUUUCGUUGACCCUGUUACUGUAACUCAAAAAGUCAUUUCUGGUGUCUAUCAGGGCAUUACUACUGUAAUGCUCGAUACCUUGGCUGCUGAAACUGCUGCUUACAUGACCAUUGCUCAUCCUGAUUAUGCUAUUCUUGCCGCUCGUAUUGCAGUCUCUAAUUUACACAAGGAAACCCGCAAGGCUUUCUCCGAAGUUGUUCAAAAUUUGUACGACUAUAUCAAUCCCAAAAACAAUACCCACUCUCCCAUGAUCUCUGAGAGCGUUUACAAGGUCAUUAUGGAUAACGCUGAACGCUUGAACUCUGCCAUCAUAUAUGAUCGUGAUUUCAACUUCAACUUCUUUGGCUUUAGAACUCUUGAACGUUCCUACCUGCUCCGCAUCAACGGCAAGGUUGCUGAAAGACCUCAACAUUUGAUUAUGCGUGUUGCUAUUGGUAUUCAUCCUGAUGAUAUUGAUGCCGCUAUUGAGUCGUAUCAUCUCAUGUCUCAAAAAUACUUUAUUCAUGCUAGUCCUACUCUUUUCAAUGCUGGUACUCCUCGUCCUCAACUCUCUUCUUGUUUCCUCUUGACACCUACGGAAGAUUCCGUUGAAGGCAUUUUUGAGACUCUUAAACGUUGCUCCCAGAUCUCAAAGAGUGCUGGUGGUAUUGGCUUGAAUGUACAUAACAUCCGUGCUACUGAUUCUUAUAUUGCUGGUUCCAAUGGUGAGGCUCACGGUCUGUUGCCCAUGCUCAAGGUCUUUAACAGCACUGCUCGUUACGUUGAUCAAGGCGGAAACAAGCGUCCCGGUGCUUUUGCCAUCUAUCUUGAACCUUGGCAUGCCGAUGUCUUUAUGUUCCUGGAUCUUCGCAAGAACUUUGGUCGUGAUGAAAUCAGAGCUAGAGAUAUGUUCUAUGCCCUUUGGAUCCCUGACCUUUUCAUGAAACGUGUUGAACAAAAUGGCCAAUGGUCUCUUUUCUGUCCCAAUGAAGCACCUGGCUUGUGUGAUGUUUGGGGUGAUGAAUUUGAAGCUCUUUUUGAAAAAUACGAGAAACAAGGUCUUGCUCGUGAAACUAUGCCUGCCCAAAAGCUUUGGUUUGCUAUCAUGGAGGCUCAAACUGAAACUGGUAACCCCUUUUUGCUCUACAAGGAUGCUUGUAACCGCAAGAGUAACCAGCAAAACCUGGGCACCAUCAAGUGCAGUAAUUUGUGUACCGAGAUUGUUGAGUACUCUAGUCCUGACGAAGUUGCUGUCUGUAAUCUGGGAUCUCUUGCUUUGCCAACCUACGUCAACAAUGGUGUUUACGAUUUCAAGAAGCUUCAUGAAGUUGCCAAGGUGUUGACAAAGAAUUUGAACAAGGUCAUUGAUCUCAAUUAUUACCCGGUUAAGGAAGCCUACAACUCAAACAUGCGCCAUCGCCCUAUUGGUUUGGGUGUUCAAGGCUUAGCCGAUGCUUUCAUUUUGAUGAGAUAUCCCUUCGAAUCUCCUGAAGCCAAAAAGUUGAACUUGCAAAUCUUCGAAACCAUUUAUCAUGCUGCCUUGGAAGCAUCUUGCGAACUCGCUGCUAAACUCGGUCCUUAUUCUACCUACGAGGGCUCUCCUGUUUCUAAGGGUCAAUUGCAAUAUGACAUGUGGGGUGUAACCCCUACUGACUUAUGGGAUUGGGAUAACCUCAAGGCUGAUAUUGCCAAGCAUGGCGUUCGUAACUCUCUUCUUCUGGCACCUAUGCCCACUGCUUCUACCUCCCAGAUUCUCGGUUUCAAUGAAUGUUUCGAACCUUAUACCUCCAACAUUUAUAUGCGUCGUGUGCUGUCUGGUGAAUUUCAAAUUGUCAAUCAGUGGCUGAUGAAGGAUCUCGUUGAGCUUGGUAUCUGGAACGAUAAAGUCAAGAACAAGAUUAUGAAUGACAACGGUUCUGUUCAAGAUGUUGCUGAGAUCCCUGCUGACCUGAAGGAGCUUUACAAGACUGUCUGGGAAAUCUCUCAACGUACCAUUAUUGAUAUGGCAGCAGAUCGUGGUGCUUUUAUCGAUCAAAGUCAAAGUAUGAACUUGUUUAUCGGUAAGCCCAACCUGGGUCGCUUAACAUCAAUGCACUUUUAUGCCUGGAAGAAGGGUUUGAAGACUGGUCAAUACUACCUCCGUAUUCGUCCUGCUGUUGAUGCUAUCAAGUUUACUGUCGAUCAAGAAGCUAUUGAAACUUAUGAAGGGGAGAAUGAAACUGGUACAAAAGAACUUUCUGUUACGAAGACCCAAGUUUCUGUCAAGAAGGAAAGUGGUGAUUUGCAAAGCAAAAUACCUGUAGUUUGUAAUGAAGAAGUCUGUGUCAGCUGCAGCGGUUAA